AUGCCUCCCCCCGUUGAAGAUCUUUCGGACAGCGAGUCCACUGGCGAAUCUAUCCCCUACAACAACGUUGAGGAUGAGAAGGAUGUCGCUGGCGACGCCAAGGAGGAAGAGGAGGACGAUGACGAGAUUGAGGAAGAGGGAGUGUACACCGUUGAAAAGAUCAUGGGUCAUAAGUUCACAAAGGACGGCAAACUUAUGCUUCAGGUGAAGUGGCAUGGCUACGAAGACCCAGCAGACCAGACAUUGGAGCCAGAAGAGAACCUCUUGGAGGGCGCAAAGGAUGUCCUAGAUGAAUACUACAAAGCUCAAGGUGGUCGGCCGGAGAAACCGGUUGCGGUCCGAAAGCGAAAGUCAAUGGGAAGCAUCAAGGCGGAGCCUGAAAAACCAGCAGAGCCUAAGCGACGCAGAAAGUCUAGGGCCGAUGCAGAUACCAGCACAGAGACGCCAGAGGCAGGCGAGGUACCCGAUUGGGUGCCCCGAUCAAAGAGCUGGGAGAACGACGUCGCGAGAGUCGAUACCAUCGUCCGUGACCCCAAGACUAACUCGCUGAUCGCAUUUUUGCACUGGACCAAUGGCAAAACAUCCAAGAUGCUCAAGUUCUAUGAGCAACAUCUGGUCUUCAAAGACUCUUGA